AUGUCCCGCGAGAGAAAGGGCCCGGCCGCGUCGGCUGCGCGUCGCCCUGGGCCACGACCAAGCUCUUCACAGGCUCACGAAGAACCACCACACCUCCAAAUCGCCUCUCGCACGCGCCUAUCACCCCCAGCAUCGUCCCCCGGGUCCACUGAGCCCGCGUCUCCGCUGCCGACUGACGACGACGCGUCUCUCGCGGUCUCGCUGUCUCCCCGCGGCUCCACCUCUCCUGUCUCGCUCCACAACCCGCCGACCCCACCACCUGCUCCCACGCCACGUUUCCCGCAUCCCACGCAGCCCUCGGCGCUUGCCACAACGACCGUCUCACGCAAUUCACGCGCAAGAAUGACAAAACCCAUCGUAUUCCCCGCCUUCACGGACGAACCCACCCCCCUGUCGAUUCGUAGCUGGAUUGGGCGUUGUGAGGACACAAUGGAGUCCUUCGAAGCUAUGAAUCCGUCGCACAACCUCACGGCCCGCAACUUCAUCACACUCGCUGGCUUGAAACUCGAACAACGCGCCGUCUCGGACUGGUGGGAGGAGAACCGGGAUGAGCUGAAGAAGCUCUCAUGCUUCGACGACUUCACGCUCAAGCUCCGCGAGAAGUUUGUUCGCUCGACUUGGCGUAUCGAGGCGUUGUCGGACUUCUACGACUUGCGUCAGGGCUCCUUGGACGCAAAACAGUGGGUCAAGGCUAUCGAGAGAGCGCGCGGGCUACUCAACGCUGCUGGGGAUGAAUUCAAGCUCGCGGAUAACAUUAUCGUGCAUCACCUGUUGUUUUAUGCCCACCCAAUUCUCCGUCGUCGCAUCCUCAACACCCCCACCUUCAAAUUGAGCUCGCAGAAGAUCGAAGGGCUGUCGACACUGCUCGAAGGGACGUGGGAUUGUCUUGUCGGCGAGGGUGUCAUCAAACCUCGCCAUAUGGCAGUCGCUUCGUUGCCUUCCGGGUCCUCCUCUGCUGUCUCUCAUUCAACAAACACUCUCCCGACUCCGCCUCCGCUUCCUACUAUCGCGCCGCUUACAACAGCUGAACGCAACGCGUUACGUGACGCAGGUGGAUGCUACAAUUGCCGUCGGAAGCCUGGUGACCCGGGAUGGGUCCAACACCGCCAACACGAUUGUUUGGGUGACCCAGCGGCGGGUAUUCCUCCCCGCGCUACGGUCCGUCGUGUGGCCGCCAUUAUGGGACGUGCAAACAACCCCGAAUCAUCUGACAGUGAGGCUGACUACUUCUCGCCUGGUAUCACCACGUUCCCUCGCCACAUCGCCGCUGUUAUGGCUUCCUAUCCGCAUGACAAUGUUUUCGACUCCGACUCUUCCGACGACCUCUCGACGCGUGAAGAUUGA